AUGGCUCAUCGGAAAUCGAUUGCUCUAGCAAUUGUUCCACUGGUGAUGCUAAUACUAGUGGUGGGAUCUGAAGCUGGUGGAAUUGCCAUAUACUGGGGACAGAAUGGAAAUGAAGGUACACUGUCUGAUACCUGUGCCACAGGCAACUACAAUUUUGUGAUCCUCGCAUUUCUUGCGUCGUUUGGCAAUGGCCAGAAACCUAUGAUCAAUCUAGCCGGACACUGUGAUCCAUCCAGUAACGCAUGUGUUGGAUUGAGUUCCGAUAUAAAAUCCUGUCAAGCCAAAGGAAUCAAAGUGAUACUUUCGAUUGGAGGGGGGGCUGGAGGGUAUACCCUCGCCUCGUCUCAGGAUGCCAGGGAUUUAGCAACUUAUCUGUGGAACAACUUCUUAGGAGGGAAAUCCCCGUCUCGUCCACUUGGAAAUGCUGUUUUGGAUGGGAUUGACUUUGAUAUUGAAGGUGGAACGUCACAACACUGGGACGAACUUGCUAGGUAUCUUUCUAAGUACAGCACCCGAGGUAACAAGGUGUACUUAACCGCUGCUCCUCAAUGCCCGUUCCCUGAUGCUUGGGUUGGAGGUGCAUUGAAAACAGGUCUUUUCGACUACGUCUGGGUUCAGUUUUACAAUAACCCUCCUUGCCAGUAUGCUGCUGGAGAUAUUUCCAAUCUGAAAAAUGCAUGGAAACAAUGGAUUUCUUCAAUUCCUGCAACUAAGAUUUUCCUAGGACUACCUGCAGCCCCGGACGCCGCUGGAAGUGGCUUCAUCCCUGUGGCUGAUCUUACUUCGACAGUUCUUCCAGCUAUUAAGGGUUCUACAAAAUAUGGAGGUGUUAUGCUGUGGUCCAAGUAUUAUGAUGAUCAAACUGGAUAUAGCUCUUCCAUUAAAAGCCAUGUCUAA